AAUGUCGCUGUUCUUGGUUGUCAAGCUAUUUUCUCAUCGCAAUGUGCCGUUCUGGCGCAUACUAUGUAUGAAACAUUACAGUUUGGCGUGUGCGUUGUAUUUUAUUUUAGACAAGACUUGACGGCUAUUUAAAAAACUCAAUGGCUUUCUAUUGGUUAUCGCUAUAUUUCUGGUUUGGUAUUUCGUAAACAUCAGAAACGAAACAAGACGAAAUUAUAGUCUAAUGGGAGGAAAAUAAACGUUUCAAGCAAGUUAAUACUACAUUUCUAUGGUGCAGUAAACUAAUUUGUGUGAUAAUCUAACAUUCGUUCUCAAUACAUCGUGAAACCAUGGAGGAGAAGAUGGAGAGUGAACAGAGUUAUAGUGAAGAGAGCAGCAGCAGUUCCUCCGAUAGUUCCAGUGAGAGUUCAGAUAGUGAGGAAGAGUUAAUGGAACCUAUUCGUAUCUUAGGCCAAACCUUGGAGCUACCUCAGGAUCUUUGUGAAGAUCCAGCUUUAUUUAAGGAGUUUUUCUCAAUGAAAUUAUGGGAUAGUUUGGAUGAUAGGCAUAAGGAAUACCUCAAAGAACUCUUGCCAACGUUUUCAGAAAAUGAUGAGGAAGAAAAGGAAACAACAAUAAAAAUGCUAUUCAACCAUGAACCAUUUCAUUUUACAUCACCCUUGACAUGUUUCUUUCGAAAUUUAAGACAAGGUAACUACAGACCGGAUAUUGCCAGAAUGAGGAAGUUUUUGACAAAGGCUAGAGCUAAACAACAAAGGCAUAAGAUAAAGUCUUACUAUGCAAAGUUAUUACCUGAAGUAUUAAUUUCAAGAGAGAGGUUAUUAGCAGUAGCAAAAGCUGCACCGCCAGGGCCCAUACCUCAUGUGCCAUUACUACCACCAAAACCAUCAACUAAAAAUAAUUAUAAGCCGAUGUAUGUCCGGGCCAAGCAUAGAUAUUUUGAAGAAUUAGCAGCUAUAUGGAGUGAGGUGGGUUGUCAAGAAUCAGAUGAUGAAAAUUAUCCCGAAGGACCUCCAGAGCAUUUCCUGAAAAAGAGAAAAAGAAAUAAUGCAUUACAGAGUGCUGAUACCAAUGUAUCAAGUACGUUGGGAGGUCCUGAGGUCACACUUCCAUCUUCAUUAGCCUGUUUAAAGAAUGUUUUAUCUGCGCACAGAGCUAGGAGACAAUACAGAGAGAAUCAUCCAGAAUUAAAUACUACUGGUAUUACUUUAGAUGAUAUCAAACAGAGAGUAGCGUUAAUGAAUGGAGCAAAGAAACUCAUGUUUGGAGGAUCCAAAACAGAUAUGCCAAUACAGAAGAUACGUAAAGGCACUAAAAGAGAAAUACACCAAAAAGCUAAAGAUUUUAAAUUACCUCUGAAAAAACCUAAAGAUGACCUUGAGAGCACUGAAAAUAAACUCUUACCACAUAUAAAGAUAAAAUGUGAACAAGAAGAAACGGAUUCUGAAAGUUCAUCAUUUUUCGAUCCAACAAACAGCCCAAGGCAUUGCAAAAAACUGCUUGAUAGUGUUGAAAUUAAACAGGAAGUGAAUGAUUUUGAUCAUGUAAAUUCAAGAUAUUAUGAUAUAAAAGAGGAUGGGAUCAAGAAGGAACCUCAAGAUGGACUGGGACCAAAUUCAAGGAUACAUCAACCUGUUCCAAUUAAGCUGGAAGAUCUUGAUGGAAUCGACAUGAUGGCGUUACCAGUAGAGCUAGCGGAUGAUUCGGGGGACGUUAUGGUGGACUCGGACGUGAGGGACGAAGACGAAGCCCUAACGGAGACGACUCAUGCGAAUUUCCUAUCGCUAGUGCGCGCGUUGUUCCCAGCCAAGGCGGCGCAUAGAGCGUCCAAACAUGAGUUGUAUGCGCGGUGCGCGGCUGUCAUGCGAUCGCCGAUUGCGCCGCUCAAUACUUGGUACAAUUUGUCUGAUGAUUGGUGUUCAGAGUUAAGUUCAGCUUUGGACUUUCUGGCCGGGGAGAGAGGACCACACCCUGAUGAUUUUGUACCAUAUCUUCAAUACAUGCCUGAAACGCAGAUGUACCAAUGGAUAGGUGCAGGUCGAGAUUGUGACGCAAUAUUGGGCCGAUUGUGUGAAAGGUGGCUUCGGGCUGCCGCACCGCCUUCGCCACCACCCAGCAGGUACCCAACGAACUGGGUUGUUCGACAGCCAACCACUUCCGAAAUAACUGAGUUCAGGGCUCAAGAACGACGUAGAUUUGCAGCCGCUUCCAAACCAUUUACGUACAUCCAGUAUGGGUACCGUUCGGUGGUGGGUCCGGCGAGCGGCAUGCGCGCGGGCGGGGGGGGCGGGGCGGGCGGCGCGGCGCUGGUGGCGGCGCAGCGCCCGCGCGCCGCCGGCUUCUUCGCGCUGCUGCGGGACGCGCUGGCCCGGCUGCCCAACGGGGAGGGCACGCGGCGGGACAUACUGACGCUGCUCAAAAUGUCCCAAUGGAUAAUACCGUGCAGCGAUCAAACGUUGGCAUCGGCUAUAUCGGCUGCUUUGGAUCGACUCGUAUCUGUGAAAAGAGAUCCCAUCGUCAAAUACGAUCAGCGAACAGCAGUUUGGACAUAUUUACAUAGAAAUAGAACCGAAGAAGACUGGUUAAAAAGCAGCAACGCCCGAAAUCGUGCGAACAAAGCACUUGCGUCAGAGCCUCCGUUACAAUCUCCGCAAACACCUCAUAGUGUUAGUAAUAUGGAGUUAGAAGUUGGUAGCAUGGAGGAAGUCGUCGACAACGCUUCCGACAGUGACGUAGAUGUCGAUGACAGCGGGUCCUCAACUUCAUUGCCGCAAUUAUCUUCCGCUCAACUGCUGAUGCAAGCCACACAAGCCACGCAACCGAAACCGCUCACACCGAAACCGAAACCAAAACUUGUCCCCACACCGCAACGCCCGAAAACCGUUAUAAAACAGUCUCCACAAACAAAGCAGACACCACAGCCGAAAACACCAAAUGUUAUCAAAAUUAAUCAAGCAAAGCCAGUGUCACAAGCAAAAACAAGUCUACUUACACCAAAACCUAAGACGAAACAGAGCGUUGUGCCGUCGAAGCCUUUAGUGAAGCAAAGUGUUCCAUCGCCUAAGCAAAGUGUACAGUCACCGAAACAAAUUGUUCAGUCACCAAAGCAAAGUGUGCAGUCACCAAAGCAAAGUGUUCAAUCGCCGAAGCAAAGUGUACAGUCGCCAAAACCAAAUCUCAUUCAGGUUAAAAAUUCGCAGUCCAGUGAGACACUUUCGAAUGUGCCUGCAGUAGCUUCUCCACAACGAUCACCAAUGGUUAAGCAAAAGUCCUUACCAAAGAUAGAAACGUCGCAGGUUUCGGCGGCUGCAUCAGGGUCUUCUACACCGCAAGUAUCUACAGUUUUACCAACAUUGAUACAAAGUAGUGUUUCCACGGCGCAUCAACAGAAUUCAGUCAUUCAAACCUCCAAGGUAUCACAAGUCACUCGGUCUUUAUUAAUAAGACCACCGGCUGUACAAACUACUGCUACGGUUUCUGCGGUCACUGUAUGCACACCUUCUGCACAGCUACCAUCAAACGCGAGACGAGGAGUUGUAAGAGUAUUAAGUCCAGCCACACCGUCAUCGGGGAAAUCUUUAAUAUCACCACGGGCACUUAUGACACAACCAGUAACAACAGCAAAGAAGCGACCGUCGUUACCGGGGACAUCAUGUGUAACAACGAUCGCACAGAGUACGCCAAAUGUAACAAAUGUGGUGAGCAGUUCGCCCACAGUAGUCACGACAUCGAUCACUACUCGCACGGUACAAUUAGCCGGUGGACGAACAGUGCAGUUGUCCAAUCAAACAGUCCAACUUGCUGGUGGCCAAGCAGUUCAAUUAUCGGGACACACCCUUCAACUCUCCUCCUUACAACUUCCAACGCAUAGCGUGCGCUUACCGAGCGGUCAAACUGUCCAAUUGGCCUCCCCGCAAACAGUACAAGCAGUCCGAGCCGUUGCCCAAAAGAAUACCAGUCCGAGACCGCAAUCGCCAACCGUCCGACCGAUCAAUUCAGUUCAAAUACCAGUUUCUACAGUUCAAUUGACUGGCCAAACGGUACAAAUAGCGGGACAAACGGUCCAAUUAGCUGGCCAAAGUGUUCAACUUACUGGACAUACAGUGAAAUUGCCAAGUGGACAGAGCGUUCAAGUGGCAAGUCAAAGCGUUUUGCCUACACAAAGUGUGCAACUACCUUCGGGCCAAACUGUCCAAUUAGCCAGCGAUAACAUACAAACGAUGUUGAACACACAGAACGUUCAAAUGGCAAACCAGAGCGUUCAGUUGGGUUCGCAAACUGUACAUAUAGGUAAUCAAACAGUUCAGUUAGCAGGGGGUCAGACAGUACAAUUGCCGAGUGGCCAAACCUUACAAUUAUCUAGUGGUCAGACGGUUCAGUUAUCUAGUGGGCAAACCUUACAAUUGGCUAGUGGACAAACAUUGCAAUUGGCCAAUCAGACGCCGAAAUCGAUAGCUCAAGUAGUAAGAACUCAAACCACAGGAGAGAAGACGAAUCAACCGAUUGUGGCAAAACUUUUAACUAAUGCACAGGGUCAAAUGAUAUCUCUCGAGGGUGUAAUGGGUAGAGGUGGUGUGGGCGUGGGCGUGGGGGCUGGGCGUGGUCGUGGCGUGCGUGUGCUGUCUCCCGCCACUCGACUCGCGCGACCCGUGCUGCUCACGUCCAAGCCGCUGCAUAAUAUUAUACUGCAGCAAAGUGAUGGGAGCGCCAUAAGAGUACCGGCGAGUAGUGGAGCACCGACGUCGCAGACUAUCGUUAUAAGCAAUAUUGGAGCACAAACAGUUACGACGUCCACCACAUCAGCUCCAGUUUUAAAACUACAACAGGUGAAUCCCAUACAUCAGGUUAAACUAGCGCAGGGGAUUAAAAUACAACAGGGUGCAGUCACAAAUACAUCAGUAGCGACAUCUAGCGGCGUACGAAGUGUACUAAUGGACGGACAACAGUUGAAACUCGUCGGCGGUCGACAUGUUUUGGCGCGAUUAUUGAGACCGGCUAAUCCAAACCCGUGAUUUAACAAUGUGAAAUAACACUGUUAUAAAUAACGUCGAAUGACAAAUCACAGUGAUAAAUAAUAGCACCUUGAAAUAACGUCGAAUUAAAUAUAUACAGAAAGAGAAGUCAAAUGGUGUGAUUGGUGAUUCAAAAGUAAAGAUUGAAGUCGUCGAUUUACGGUGUAUUUGCAAUAGAUAUUAUUGAAGAGUAAAAGUUGAAAUAAUUGUGAUUGAUUUUACAGAAAUUGUGAAAUUUGCAUUCACGUUCAAUUGAUAUUAUAAUAUAUAAGUAGUAUAUCUGUUUGAUAUACGAAUGUUGACUUUUUUAUUUCUUAUUUGUUGUUACUGUCAGAGGAUCAUUGUCAGUUUAGUUUUUAAAUUGAUAGGUAUUGCCAUGCCAAAUUAUAUGAACCAAGACAUAGAAGAAGAAUUAUUGAAUAAUCGUGUUUAAAGAAAAUAUAAACACCUUUAAAUCGUCGACUUUUUGAAUCCAUGUAAAUAAUAUUUAAUUAAAGGAAUGUUCGGAUUCAUUUGGAUGAAGAAGACAAACUUUUUACAUGUUGUAGCGAUUGUGUGGUCAGUUUAAAAGUAAGUUUUAAUCAUUAAAUAUGGAAAUUUCUGAAACUAUUUAAUUUCGAAAUUUAAAGAAAUAAUAUAGUUUUUGUAAAUUAAUAUACAUUAGGCCAAUAUAAUUUAAAUUAAAUGGAUAUUUUCUGUAUUCCAUGUUUAUUGGUUGAAAUGAGUAUUUUGUAAAUAGUGAACAUUUGAUUUAAGGUCGAGGCGAAACGUUAUGUAUUUAUAACGAUUUGUAUAUUCGGAUGUACACAUUAAAUAAAUUAUUUGUUGUGAUAUAUUUUAACUUAUUAUUUAAGAAUAGUAACUAUUUCAAAUUGGAAAUGAAGCAUGAUCGACGACGAAAAUAAAGUGUGUAUUUUUAAAGGGAAAGUGAACGGUUCUUAAUUUUAUGAAACCCGUCUUCCAAUCGCGUUUAUGAUGAUAUGGUUGAAUUAUUUUAUUGAUCAUAACCACAUUUAACUAAAGUAGGAAUAAUAACUUGAGCACAAAAGUUCAUUCUCAUAGUGUCAUUUGAUAGAAUAGUUUACACUCAACUAGUACGCAUUUUAUUACUCUAGACGAAUAUAGGUGCUAAAGAUCGAGUACAUAGUUGAAUUAUUUCAUACAUUUUUAUGAAACUUAGACAUUAAUUCAUAUAGUUGUCUAUAUACAUAUUUCGCUUUAGAUAGGAUUGAUUCUAUUAUUACUGGAUACAACUAAUGAAAGAUCAAUUUAAAUUCCAGUAUACAGCAUAACAAAAAGCUGCACAAUAAUAUUUUGGGCGUGUUCCUUUUUGAUUAUAUAUAAUCAGCCAUUAUUCAGUUAAACGAAACAAGACCAAAUUUUUGCCUUCAAAUGUUCAUUAACUGCGUUUUUUGUAGGUAAUUUUUGUUACAACAUAACCAUUGCUAUAUAUCAAAAACUUAACUAUUAAUAAUAAUUGUUUCUGGACGAAUUUGAAGCGUUUGCCUUCACAAAUUAUUAGGAGAUAUUUUUUACAGUUGGUACAUUUGCGCCUUGAUUUAAAUGAAUUAAAAUGUAAUAUAUUAAGGUAACGUGUACAUUGUGUAUAAUUAAGUUGAAUUACUUAGUUAUAGAAUAUAUUAUUUACUUUAUUAAAAUGCUGCAAUAUUUGGGAUUUUCUGUAAUAUAAGUCAAUUAAGAAAAUAA